GGAGCGCAGGCGCCGCCCCUGGAGCUGCUGUUCUCCCUCCUCCCAGGAAGGCCGCCGCGAGAGGAGGAGGCGGCGUGCGCGGCUCUCGCGUCUCCUUCGGGUCGAGGUGCCUCGCCAGGACGCGGCAAGCGAGCGCAGCAGCCACCCGGGGAGCCGACGGCGACGCAGAGAAAGCAUGCCUUGCGCCCAGGCGCCCGCGCCCCGGCCGCCUCGCCGUGCCCUUUAGCCGGCGCUGCUGCUGCUACUGCUGCCGCCGCCACCGUCCCGAGAUCGCGAGCUCAGCCGAGGCAGGAGGAGCUGCCGGGCUCCUUGCGGGAGGAAGCGGCACCGCGCGCCGGGCCGUCUGCAAGCAGCUCUCCGGGAGAAGAGAAGCUCGCUCGCUUUCCGUGCUCUUGGUGCGGGGAGCGCAUUAGGUGUUGGAGAGAGGGAGGAAGAGGAGGACAGCGGGGCUUGCCUCCCCUCCAUUGACACAAGCGCACGAAGAGACAGAAGUGCAAUAGAGACAAGGUGGAGGAGACGCGCUCUCGCUCGCUCUCUUUUAACCCCUCCGCUCCGAGCCCGAGACGGACGACUUUGCAAGGUUGCAGCCGCCGCCGCCGCCGUCUCCAAAACCGCCUUGUGCUUUUUUCAAAUAUUUUUUGGCUCGGUCCAUUUGCAACCGGCUGAGAAAUCCCCCUAAACAUGGCGAGUGAUUCUCCAGCUCGGAGCCUGGACGAGAUAGAUCUAUCAGCCUUAAGGGAUCCUGCAGGCAUCUUCGAACUCGUUGAACUUGUUGGCAAUGGCACCUAUGGGCAAGUCUAUAAGGGUCGCCAUGUCAAAACAGGACAGCUUGCAGCUAUUAAAGUCAUGGAUGUCACCGGGGAUGAGGAGGAAGAGAUUAAGCAAGAAAUUAACAUGCUAAAGAAAUACUCGCAUCACCGAAAUAUUGCUACUUACUAUGGUGCUUUCAUUAAGAAGAACCCCCCAGGAAUGGAUGAUCAGCUUUGGCUGGUGAUGGAGUUUUGUGGUGCUGGCUCUGUCACUGAUCUGAUCAAGAACACAAAAGGGAACACUUUGAAGGAGGAGUGGAUUGCCUACAUCUGCAGGGAGAUUUUACGGGGUUUAAGCCAUCUCCACCAACAUAAAGUAAUCCAUCGAGAUAUUAAAGGACAAAACGUUUUGCUGACAGAAAACGCAGAAGUUAAACUAGUGGAUUUCGGAGUCAGUGCUCAGCUUGACAGAACAGUUGGCAGAAGAAAUACAUUCAUCGGAACUCCAUACUGGAUGGCCCCCGAGGUUAUAGCCUGUGACGAAAACCCUGAUGCCACUUACGACUUCAAGAGCGAUUUGUGGUCUUUGGGGAUAACAGCCAUCGAGAUGGCAGAAGGAGCUCCUCCCCUUUGUGACAUGCAUCCCAUGAGAGCUUUAUUCCUCAUUCCUCGGAACCCAGCCCCCAGGUUGAAAUCAAAGAAAUGGUCAAAAAAGUUCCAGUCCUUCAUUGAAAGCUGCCUGGUAAAGAAUCAUGGCCAGAGGCCAACCACUGAACAGUUGAUGAAGCAUCCAUUCAUUCGAGACCAGCCUAAUGAAAGGCAGGUUCGCAUCCAGCUCAAGGACCAUAUUGACAGGACUAAGAAAAAACGUGGAGAGAAAGAUGAGACUGAAUACGAAUAUAGUGGAAGUGAAGAGGAAGAGGAAGAAAACGACUCUGGAGAACCCAGCUCUAUCCUAAACCUUCCUGGAGAGUCAACAUUAAGACGGGAUUUUCUGAGGCUUCAGCUCGCAAACAAGGAGCGCUCAGAAGCCCUUCGUCGGCAACAGCUGGAGCAGCAGCAACGUGAGAACGAGGAACACAAGCGGCAGUUGUUGGCAGAGCGGCAAAAGAGGAUCGAGGAACAGAAAGAACAGAGGCGGAGGUUGGAAGAGCAGCAAAGGAGGGAGAAGGAACUAAGGAAACAGCAAGAGAGGGAGCAGCGAAGGCAUUAUGAGGAGCAAAUGCGCCGAGAAGAGGAGAGGAGGCGUGCCGAGCAUGAACAGGAAUACAUCAGGCGACAGUUAGAGGAAGAACAGAGGCAGUUAGAGAUCCUGCAGCAGCAAUUACUGCAGGAGCAAGCUCUACUUCUGGAAUAUAAGCGCAAGCAAUUGGAAGAGCAGCGGCAGGCAGAGAGGCUACAGCGGCAGUUGCAACAGGAGCGGGAUUACCUGGUCUCCCUGCAGCAACAGCAGCAGCAACAGCAGAGGCAGGACCAGAGACCAGCAGAGAAGAAGCCGCUUUACCAUUACAAGGAAGGGCUAAAUGCCAGUGAGAAGCCAGCGUGGGCAAAGGAGGUGGAGGAACGUUCCAGGCUCAACCGGCAGAGUUCUCCAGCAAUGCCUCACAAGGUGGCCAACAGGAUAUCAGAUCCAAACCUGCCUCCUCGAUCAGAGUCCUUUAGUAUUAGUGGGGUGCAGCCUGCUCGGACGCCGCCCAUGCUCAGACCAGUGGAUCCACAGAUUCCACAUCUGGUCAGUGUGAAAUCCCAAGGACCUUCCUUGCCUGCCUCUCAGUCACUGCAUGAACAGCCCACAAAGGGAAUGGCUGGGUUUCAGGAGGCUCUGACGGUGACCUCUCACCGCACUGAGAUGCCAAGGCAGAACUCGGACCCCACCUCCGAAAACCCUCCUCUCCCCCCUCGUGUUGAAAAGUUUGACCGAAGUUCUUGGUUACGACAGGAGGAAGACAUUCCGCCAAAGGUGCCUCAGCGAACUACUUCCAUCUCACCUGCAUUAGCUCGGAAGAACUCUCCAGGGAAUGGUAAUGCACUAGGACCUCGACUAGGAUCACAGCCAAUAAGGGCAAGUAACCCUGACCUACGGAGAACAGAGCCUAUAAUAGAAAACCCCUUACAGAGGACAAGCAGCGGCAGCUCUUCCAGCUCAAGCACCCCCAGCUCACAGCCCAGUUCCCAAGCAGGCUCCCAACCUGGAUCCCAGGCUGGUUCUAGUGAACGUAACAGAGUCAGAGGAAAUGCCAAGCCUGAAGUUUCGCCCAUCCUCCCGCACGAGCCAGCUAAGAUAAAACAGGAAGACAGCAAGGACAUGACGCGACCAAGCCGGCCUGCUGAUCUGACGGCCUUAGCGAAAGAACUGAGGGAGCUGCGUAUUGAAGAAACCAACCGGCCUUUGAAGAAAGUUACGGACUAUUCCUCCUCCAGCGAGGAGUCUGAAAGCAGCGAAGAGGAAGAGGAGGAUGGCGAGAGUGAAACGCAAGAUGGGACCGUGCCUGUCAGUGACAUUCCAAGGCUUAUCCCAACAGGAAUGCCGGGAAACAACGAGGCCUACAACCUAGGAAUGGUGUCAAGCCACAUUCUAGAACCGCCCCAUACAGAUACGUUUAGCAGCAUUUCCAGAGAAGGGACUUUAAUGAUAAGGGAGACUUCUGGGGACAAAAAGCGCUCUGGCCACACAGCCAGCAAUGGCUUUGCCGGCCAUGUCAAUCUUCCAGAUUUGGUGCAGCAGAGCCACUCACCUGCCGGCACACCGACUGAGGGUCUGGGCCGAGGCUCCACCCAUGGUCAGGAGAUGGACUCGGUGGCAGAAUAUGGAAUGGGAAGUAGCACGAAAGCAUCUUUCACUCCAUUUGUGGAUACCAGAGUAUAUCAGACCUCCCCUACAGAUGAAGAUGAGGACGAUGAUGAGGAAUCUUCUGCCACAGCAUUAUUUACCAGCGAGCUGCUGAGGCAAGAACAGGCCAAACUUAAUGAAGCAAGGAAAAUUUCUGUAGUAAAUGUGAAUCCCACCAACAUUCGUCCUCAUAGUGACACACCAGAGAUCCGAAAGUACAAGAAGCGCUUCAAUUCUGAAAUCCUUUGUGCUGCUCUGUGGGGUGUGAACUUACUGGUGGGAACAGAGAACGGGCUCAUGCUGUUGGACCGCAGCGGGCAAGGGAAGGUGUACAACCUGAUCAACAGGAGGCGGUUCCAACAGAUGGACGUGCUAGAAGGACUCAAUGUCCUUGUAACAAUCUCAGGAAAGAAGAACAAGCUACGAGUUUAUUAUCUUUCAUGGUUGAGAAACAGAAUAUUACACAAUGAUCCUGAAGUAGAAAAGAAGCAAGGCUGGAUCACUGUAGGAGAUUUGGAAGGCUGCAUACAUUACAAAGUUGUGAAAUAUGAGAGAAUCAAGUUCUUGGUGAUUGCCUUAAAGAAUGCUGUAGAGAUAUAUGCUUGGGCUCCUAAACCAUAUCACAAGUUUAUGGCAUUUAAGUCUUUUGCAGAUCUCCAGCACAAACCAUUGCUUGUUGACCUCACAGUAGAAGAAGGUCAGAGGUUAAAAGUCAUCUUUGGAUCGCACACUGGCUUCCAUGUUAUCGAUGUGGAUUCGGGGAAUUCAUAUGAUAUCUAUAUACCAUCUCAUAUUCAGGGCAAUAUCACACCUCACGCCAUUGUCAUCUUGCCCAAAACGGAUGGAAUGGAGAUGCUUGUGUGCUAUGAGGACGAAGGAGUGUACGUUAAUACCUAUGGACGCAUAACGAAAGACGUGGUACUCCAGUGGGGAGAAAUGCCCACUUCAGUGGCCUACAUCCACUCCAAUCAAAUAAUGGGCUGGGGCGAGAAAGCGAUUGAGAUACGAUCGGUGGAGACUGGGCAUUUGGACGGAGUAUUCAUGCACAAGCGUGCUCAGCGGCUAAAAUUUCUAUGUGAAAGAAACGAUAAGGUAUUUUUCGCCUCGGUGAGAUCUGGAGGAAGUAGUCAAGUUUUUUUCAUGACACUCAACAGAAAUUCCAUGAUGAACUGGUAACAAAAGGGCCCUCGGGUGCUGACUUUGACACCAAGAUUUUUUUAAGUUUGAAGAGCAUUGGAACGUGUGGACUAGCACUGUAGAGGCAGGUGAAGAAGAUAAUUGUGGAACACGUUGCUUCCUUCUGUGAACACACUCGCACUCACACAGACACGCUCCAAGAAUACGACACACCUUUCUUGUUGUGGUUUAGGAAUGGAGGUUUCCUCAAGGUCACAAGAAUGCAACACUGUAUUUUGGCAGAGAUGGACAAAUGCGCAAGAGGUUUAGCAGAAUAAAUCUCUUGGAAGUCUUCAGUUGAAACUGUGAUAGAGCUGUGGGUCACACAAUUUCAUUUUGUUUUUUAAACAUUUUCCUUGUCCCUCUAUUUGUACAAAUGGGGACAGAUCUAAGUGUCAAGCAGAGUCUCUGUUUUUAAUUUUGUCUGCCUGCUAGCAUCAAAUAUAUAGUAUGUUGUAAGGUUACCAAUUAAAACUGGUGAGAGACAGCACAAUAAAUGUAUCAUUUUAUCUUUGUGUUGGGAGGCUUUAACCAUAGAGAUGGUUAACUUUUGUAAAAUCUUUUGCCUUUUCCAACAUUUCUGUGUUAGUUUUGCAAACAGGUCGACAAAUUUCAAACGAGAGAAUGAAUUCGAUCCCCCCCCCCCCGAAGCCUUCCUUUUGGGAAAUCUAUUCUAAAUGGCUAACCGACUAGCCUUAGAUUAUUAUACAGUCAAGGUACAAGUAUAUUUUUCUUGUCAACCUGUCAGUCUAUACUUCAGUAUGGAUCUUCAUAUAAUGGUGCUCAUUGAGAGAAAAAGCAGUGCCAUCCUUGGCAAUCAUUCCCAACUUUGGCCUUAGCAUUUUCUUGCCUUUCUCUAAAGCUGUAAUACGGAAAGUCUCACAAUAAAAUUGCAGGUUGAGAAACGAAUUGAACUAGAGCAAGAUUCUGAAGAUGGGCUGGAAAGUGUACCUAACUGCAUCCAACUUGAAUGCAUUGAGCCUAGGCCCAGCCUACUCUGUACAGUUGUACUUUGCUUUUGGGGGAAGGGGCGGGGAUGAUCCUUGUAGAUACUGGUGUGUGUUUUUUCCCUUCAUGAAAAUCUCCAGGAGCCAACAGCAUUUAAUCCUUUGGAAGACGGAAGCCCCAACUGUUGAUGGACAUUCGCCCACUUCCUUGUCUGAUGGUGUCCUGUUUUCCGAAUAUGAAAAAACUUCAUGAGAUCUUCAUCCCGUGGUGCAAAGAAUAGGAACAUUGCAAAAGUGAGAGAUAGCAGAUUGGAAGGACAGUUUUGUUGGCCUAGAACCUGACACUUAGAUUCAUCUUUCUGCCCAUCCCUCUUUGCUGCCCACCUAUAUAGUGAACAUCAAUGUGUGUGCAGAUGUAUGUAUUUAGUUUGGGUUAACCUGUGUCCUUAUAUGCUUUGUUUGAAUUAUUUCCAGUUUUAAGGAAGUUAUGUGCAACAUUUCUACUAUCGCCAAGCAUGGAUUCCCCAUUAGUCUAUGGAUGUAACAUAAUUGGAUCUGUGUUGCUGUUUUUAACCUACCUCAUUUUAUUUUUGUUUCAAUUAGCUUUUCCUCAUUAGCUCCAGCAGACACCCAGGGAGUUUGACUGGCCAGCUUCAAAGUAUUAAACAAGAACAGUGUCUUAAGUAAUUAGCAGUGUUUGGCCAGUUCAGGCCUCUUUAAAAAAGCAGAAAAGGACUCUCCUGCUGCCUUCUUCCAGUUUUUCCGUCAGUGGUUCCACAGUUCCCGUUGUACAGGCCAGCUGAUGCCGCCAAUGGCCACAAUAUGCAUUGGCUGCCAGCAGAUUUGUAAUAGGGUUAGAAUCAUGCCAAUGUACGGCUGGCAUGAACCAGAGCCAUGUUGCGGAAGCCGCCAUAAUUCGCCCAAUCGCGGCGGCUCAGAAAGAGUUGCUAUAACUGUGCCAAUCCCAGGGGCUGUGUGUACAGCCCCCACAUGAAGACAUGAUUCCGGCUGGCUUGCCACAAUCUUCCUUUGUGUGUUCAACCUGAAGGGAGCCCACGUCGGUCCCCUACCCCAUGCCCUACCUCACUACCUAAUGAUACACUGGUGUAUCAGGCUAAGUUUGCUUCUCUGUAGGAGUUGAGCCCAGUUGGAGUCCUGCUAUGAUGCAGCUAUCCAAGACUGCCUGCUUGAACAGUGCACCCUUGUCUUGCUUCUUAUGCCAAUUUCCCUUUAAGAUCUCCUUGUGUUUGGUGGCUCUCCCCAAAAAGAAAUGGGGCAGGGAGAAUCAUUGGCAUCCAUCUUUGCAGAAAGAUAUCGUUUUUGUUUCAAGCCCAGGAGUGAGGCUGCUAAGCUGGUUCCAGCCACUUGCUCCCCAUUACAUUCACAAAAUGGUAAUAAUUAAGAGUUGUCUCCAAAGCUGUUCCUACACAGAGUAGACCCAUUAAAUUUAAUAGACAUGGCUAACUUCAGUCCAUUAAUUUCAGUGGGUCUGCUUUGCAUAAAACUUAGUUGGAUGCAACCAACUGGAUUUUUAUUUUUGCGUCUGGAAUCUGCAGCCCUCUUUCAUUAACCUCUAAGCAACAAAUUACUAAUUUACAGUCUAAGUAAAUAUUUCCAUUAGCUAACUUAAUAAGCCUAAUCUAUGCAUAAUGAAAAUGAGUAACCUCAAACAAUACACUUUGACCCCAUUGUUUUUUCAAAGCCUUUCCUUCCAGCACAGACAAGUGUUCAUCCUGUGGUCUCGCUUGCUGCUCUUGCAACGCAAGUGGCCUAUUUUCCGCACCUUCCCUCCUGAUAAAGCUUUUACCAAAUGAAUUGAUGGCUGAAUAUUAGUUGACUCUGUUCACAACACUGGGAUUUAUGCAGACCCCACCAGAAGGCUAGUGCAGAGAAUUGCAACACUGGGCACAUGUUUAUGUUGCCAUCUUACUGACUCCUUUACAUAGGUUAACAAGAACACAACCGGGUGACAGUUUAAUUAUUUAAGAGUUUAAUUAUUUGAGCUCUGAUCUUUGACCAGUCUUUUUUCUCCAGUUCCCACUCCCAGCACAUAUGAAAGAAAAUAUUCUAGUUCUUUCCACAUUUCUAGUAUCCCAAUGAGUAAUUCGUAUUAAUCCUUUGUAUUCUGACAGGUCAUGUACCAUCUGCCCAUCAAUUCAUAACAAUUUUCUCUUACUGUCGUUGUCAAUGAAAAUCUAUGUGUGUUUUUUGCCAAUUAAAUUUUUUAUUGAAUUUCACCAUUUUGUUUAACAAACUGACAUCAAAUUUAGCAUCAAAUUUAAUACACUUUUAAAAGUUGACUCCCCGCCCUUCUUCCGUGGUGUUUUUAUUCUCAACCUUUUAUGCUGCAUUAUGCUUCUAUCUAUUCCACAAUUCCUUCAUUACAAUUAGAAUUACUUUUCUUCCGUAGCUCAUAUUUCAGUCCUGCCCGCGAUUCAAUUUAACGUGAUAUUUUCCAAAUUGUCCAAAUAAGGGUCUCAUUCUUCCAUGUGAAAUUCAUCACUUGAUCUCUUCUCUUGCUCUCACCUUUGCCAUUUCCACGUAGUCCAUUGUUUUCCAGAGGUAUUCCCAGACUUCCACUGGAAUAUUCUCUCCAAUGUUUUGUGCCUCUUUUAUCAUGUAAUCCUUGAUCAUUUUGCUUGCCCUUUUCUGAACCCUGUUGGAGGUGCAGUAUCCUUUUAGAGGUUAGGCAUGCAGAACUGUACACAGCUGUGCUGACACAAUCAAUUUAUAUCACAGCCUUAUGAUAGUGGCAGUUUAAUUUUCAGUUAUUUUCCCCAUUAGUGUGUGUGUGAAGUUAGACUUCAUUUUGCCCCAAUCUACAUUUGGUGUGGGACACGGGUGGCGCUGUGGGUUAAACCACAGAGCCUGGGGCUUGCCAAUCAGAAGGUCGGCGGUUUGAAUCCCCGUGAUGGGGUGAGCUCCCAUUGCUCUGUCCCAGCUCCUGCCAACCUAGUAGUUCGAAAGCACGUCAAAGUGCAAGUAGAUAAAUAGGUACCACUCCGGCGGGAAGGUAAAUGGUGUUUCCAUGCACUGCUCUGGUUCGCCAGAAGCGGCUUAGUCAUGCUGGCCACAUGACCUGGAAGCUGUAUGCCGGCUCCCUCCCCACAACCCCAGAGUCGUCUGCAACUGGACCUAAUGGUCAGGGGUCCCUUUACCUUUACCUUUACAUUUGGUGUACACUGAAUCAUAUUGUCCAGUUUACUGCCCAUUCACUCACAUUGGAGCGCCUCACAAUCCCUUGAACAAUCCACUCCUUAUUUUCCCUGCAGUCAUGAACACACAGAAGGGGAGCAGUGCCAUGUGUUGACUGUGCCCCUCUAGACCAAGGUCUGAAGGGGGAACCGCCUGCACUUGUGGCAGGAGUUGCAUGAAGUAGACUAGGCUGCCUUUCAGACCUUUGCGAGGUGGUUGGAGGUCAGAGGGCCAUAGCUGGCCACUGGAAUGGUGGGAACAUGAAUUGUCAGUGGCCUCCUGAUCUCCCUCCACACGUCAGUGCUCUACACAGAGUUCUAGAUACGUUUUAGCACAAGAACCUCGAAAUUGACAAAAGCCAGGUGUGUCCAUAAACUAGACACUUAAACCUGCAAAGGUGGUGGUGGAACCCAGGAGACAUCUGCCACUACAGCGUGAUACAUUUCAAGAUUUGUAUGCCGCUUAGUCAUCAAAACCUUUUAAGUGGUAUACAUGAAACAAUAUGAGAUAUACAUUUAAAAUACCUAUUAAAUCGGAUGCUAAAAGCAAGUUGUUCAAAAUGUAAGUAAGCAAAUAAAUACAUCAAAAAAUAAAACAGCAUGUCAAAAUCACAUGUUUGGAUAGGCUUGCCCUAACAAACGUGUUUUUAGGGAGUGCCAGAAGCAGGCACCUGCCUAAUAACAUCAGUGAACAGGAAAUUCCAUAGCAUAUCGGAAACAUUGAUCCCUUGUAAGUGCAAAUCAAACAUUAUGUGACACUUAUCAAAGUACCAGAUGUGCAGAUCAAAGCUGUCUAGUGGGCAUAUAUGGGGUAAGGGGAUCCUUCAAGUUUUGAUUUGUGUUUUUUUUCUGGAGGCAAUUCUAUACCUUAGUUAAACUGAUAGAGCAGAGUUUGGCAAUAUGCCCAAGCUUUUAUGCACAUUUCAAACCUAGAGUUACUACUGAAGUAUCAGAAGCCUCUCACAUCUUACUAGUCCAGAACAAUCUAUCUUGGUAACAACAACAACAACAUGGCAGUUACUGGUCAAAAUGGGAUGCUUUCAGAGAAAGUGCUCUGAGUGAUCUGUCCUUUUCUUGUUCAUUAUCAACUUAACUUAUUUUAAUUAUUAAGGCAUAAAUUUCUGUGGCACCAAAGGGAAAGAAAUCUUUUCAAAGCUGUGCACAUAAAAUUGAAAGUUAAAAACAUAAAAAGGCAAAGAUCAGAAGAACAUAAAAAUUGGGUCACGUGGCCGGGUAAGCUUGCGUAAUAAAUUAUAAUAAUAAGCUGGCAUCUAAAGCUAAACACGGGAUUGCUGUCUAAUACACAAAUGCAAUGCAUUCCACCGGUGGGUUUUUCCUAGAAAAAUAGAUGCCAGGACUGACCAGGAAGUUGUUACAGUAAGUGUCACACUUUUUUACAACAAAAAACAAUGUACCCUUCAGUACCCCCUGGAAAAAAAGCACUGCAUUCCACAAUAUAGGCCUUACUGCUCCACUGCUCCUUGUGGCUGCCAUAGUGGACAGUUAGCAAGGCUUCUCCAGCAGAUCUCAAAGAAUGGUCUGGGGUGUCUGGAGAAAGGCAAUCUUCGAGGUAGGCUAUUCCCAAAUUCUUUAGGGCUUUAUGUGCAAACAGCAACACCUUAGGUUUGGCCUGGUAGCAUAUUGACUUACAGCAGUCCAGGGUUCCUUGAUAUUUAGAGACUUGAGGAUAUCUUUUUUCUGAGCACCAAGAGCCAUGGAUAGAUCGCUCCUAUGGGAGUGUCUUAAGGCUUGAAACCCUUCUUUUUCUCCCCAAAACACCAUUGGCCUUUCACAACUUUCCAUGCAAAAGAAGUUCAAACCAAUGAAGCUACAACGCCUGGGCAAAAACUCUUUGACUUGGGUCAGUUUUAAACUACUGCCUCUUUAGCUGGCUUCUUCUGUUCCCUAUAUGCUCCUUGUGUUUCUUCCUACUGCUGUAAUGAGAGGACCACAUUGGGGGGGGGACACAUCUAUUCAGUACAUCAAAUUGAGCAAUAACAUUUCCAACUCAGUCAAGCCACUACUUGUAACUGCUGGGGACUGGUAGGAUGAGUAAGAACAAGCUUCAUGGCUAAUGGCAGCUGCCACCAGCUCUUUUAUGUCUUUGCUGUGGUUACCUUUUGAACCGGAAGCUUCUUAUUAAAUUAUGUUGAAAACUUGAA